AUGGGAGCUCCAACAGCCGUUUUCAUUAUGGUCUCAGUGUUGUUCUUGUCGACUGCGCCAAAUGGCGUACAUGGUAAUAUUUUUCCGAUAUUCAAAGAUUUGCUAUUCGGCGAUGAUACACCUAUAAGAACUCCUGACCAACCUCAGCCAUGCCAGCAGCAAGUCCCGGGAUGUCAGCAACCUUCACCUGCGGCGCCGGAUAAUCCAGCCAACAUCAAGAACACGGUCAUUUCAAAAUCGACAGCUGUAGUAAACCCAAAUGAAAAUUGUAAUUAG